AUGGCUGGCGGCCCGCCCCGCGCCCGGCUCCCGGAGGCCGGAGCCGAGCGCUCCCGAGCGUUCCCGAGCGCUCCCGAGCUGGAGCGGCCAUUUCCUGUUUCUCUGCAGUUUUCCCCAGCUUUGGGUGGUGGCUGCUGCUGGGCUCCGGCUUCCCAUCGGCGGAGGGCAAGGCGGCGUGGACAGCGGCCCCGGCACCCCGCGCCCCGCCGCCCGCAGCCGCGCGCCCGCCCGCCCGCCGCGCCCCGAGCUCUCCGCUCCUCGCCUCAGCGCCCGGCCGCCGCCGCCGCCGCGGCCCAGAGAGCGGCCCAGAUGCAGGCCAUCAAGUGUGUGGUGGUGGGAGACGGAGCUGUAGGUAAAACUUGCCUCCUGAUCAGUUAUACGACCAAUGCCUUUCCUGGAGAGUAUAUCCCCACUGUCUUUGACAACUAUUCUGCCAAUGUUAUGGUGGAUGGAAAACCGGUGAAUCUGGGCUUGUGGGAUACGGCUGGACAAGAAGACUAUGACCGAUUGCGCCCCCUCUCCUAUCCGCAGACGGAUGUAUUCUUGAUUUGCUUUUCUCUUGUGAGUCCUGCAUCAUUUGAAAAUGUUCGUGCAAAGUGGUACCCUGAAGUGCGACACCACUGUCCCAACACUCCUAUCAUCCUGGUGGGGACGAAACUUGAUCUGAGGGAUGAUAAAGACACGAUUGAGAAACUGAAGGAGAAGAAGCUGACACCCAUCACCUACCCGCAGGGCUUGGCCAUGGCCAAGGAGAUCGGUGCCGUCAAAUACCUGGAGUGCUCGGCGCUCACGCAGCGAGGUCUCAAGACGGUGUUUGAUGAAGCUAUCCGGGCGGUUCUCUGCCCACCCCCCGUCAAGAAGAGGAAGAGAAAAUGCCUGCUGUUGUGAACGUCCGGGCCCCUCCCGCCUGUCCCGUCCCCCAGGACCCUUUGUACGCUUUGCUCAAACGGUGGAGCCUUCGCACUCAAUGCCAAGUUUUUGUUACAGAUUAGUUUUUCCAUAAAACCGUUUUGAACCAAUCAGUAAUUUCUAGGUUUUGUUUGUUUAAAGUGUAAGAGUUCAAACUUUCACAUUCUAUUAAAGUUUAGCCCUAAAAUGACAAGCUUCCUUAAAGCCUUAUUUUUCAAAGCCCCUAUUCUUGCUCAGAUUAAGAGUUGCCAAAAUACCGUGUGAACUAAGUUGCAUUGUUGGGCUAAGAACACUAAGCACUAAACUGUUCAAAGACCUUUGGAAGAGACUGUAGCUUCUGAGGCAGGAGAUGCAGACGCUCGCUAAUGAGGUUCAGACGACGAGCAGUACAGCCUCCUUCCUGAAACGCUGCCAUUUAAUGCAUCCUGAUUGGCCAGCCCACGUUCACUACCUAACACUGUACAUCAUAACGAACGAGUGUAACAGCUCAGCUCUUUGGAUCAGUCUUUUUGAUUUCGUAGUGAGAUUUUUAAAACAAAUUAGUGUAUUAGCUUUUGUGAGAUUUGGAACAGAGCUCUUCCUCCCGUGCUCCCUCCCAUGAAGCGUUCUGCUCUGGCCGCAGGUGCGCUGGGUGGCGUGUGUGGAACACUUGUGAUCAGAGGAUGAAGACAGUAUUUUAACAAAAUAUGGAGAUUAAUUUACACUACAUUGUAUACGUAAUAAUUAAACUAUUAAAAGUGUCACGGGUAAAUGUUUUAAAAGGUUAAUUUCUGUCAAAUGCAGUAGAUGAUGAAGAAAGGUCGGUAUUAUCAGUAAGUGUUUUCUUAAGCUUUUCCUUUUCCUUACACGUGCCCAUCCCUCCUGAAAGUGGGCAUUUAAUCCAUCUUUGACCUCAUCAUUCUCAUAGUUGCUAACUUAGUAAGUGCUUUUCUUAUAGAACCCCUUCUUAAUGAGCAAUAUGCCUCCUUGUAUUAUAAAAUUGUUCUGAAUAUGCAUUAGAAAAAUUUUUUUGUAGAUUAGUAAAAGUGCAUUCCUGUUUUCAUGUUACCUUAUCCAAAGCUAGUAAGUGCUUUCCUUGGUUUUCUAGUAACUAGGUGUAAAAAUCCUAUGUUGCAGCUUUACAGUUUCUAAAAUACUUAGAUAUUCUUAAACUGUAAACCCUGGCGGAUCACCGACACUGCACCUGGACUAACAACACUGCCCCCUCUUGCCUCACAGCGUGCACACGCUUCCUGUCCUUGCCCUAACGAUGUCCCUUGGGGUCUGUGAGGUUCUGUCAAUCCCGUGCUCGUGCUAACGAAGUUCUGUACAACUUACCCACUGGCAAGAAUACGAGCUUGGACCUUUCAACCACUAGAACAAAAUUUUUUAAAUUGACAGUUGCAGAAUUGUGGAGUGUUUUUACAUUGAUCUUUUGCUAAUGCGAUUAGCAGUAUGUUUUGCAUGUAUGACUUAAUAAAUCCUUGAAUCAUGA